CGAGCGGCUAACUGCUGCUGCUGAGGAGAUCUUCGGAGUGUUUGAGAGAACCAUCGUCCAGUACGAAGAAGAGAUGGACCGUCAGCGCAGACUGCUGGAUGUCACCUGGAAACCGUAGGUCCACCUGGACAGGACAGAACUUCCACAGCAUUUUCUCUGUAAGAAAGAGGUGAUUCAUGCUGACCUGCAGAUCAGGAACCAGGGGAUUAAUUCCAACAUGGACCAAAAGGAUACGCAAGGUACAGAGAUUGAAGAUGAGCAUGAUGAACCAGAUGUUCCACAGGUUAAAGAGGAACAUGAAGAGCUCUGUGUCACUCAGAAGGAAGAGAACCUGGUUCUAAAGCAGGAAGCUAAGACCCUGACGAUGACUUCCUCUCGUGAAGGAAGUUUGAACUCGGAACCAGACCAGGACCAGCUCCUGUCUGAGAGCAAACCUGAAGCCAAAAUCCAAGAUCAGGAUGGAAGCAGGUCUAAAGACUAUGGAUCAUCUGGAAGUACAGAGCUGCAGGGGACAAAGAACCAGAGCAAAGCUGAAGGGAGAAACUGGUCUCUGAAAUGUGACGUUUGUGGAAAAAUGUUCACCAAAGCCUCUAAAUUAAUGUCUCAUUACAGAAGCCACACGAAUGAAAAACCAUAUUCCUGUAAAACCUGUAAGAAAGCCUUCCGAGAGAAGCAUAACAUGUUGGUCCACACGAGGAUGCACACGGACGAGAAGCCGUUUUCCUGUAAAAUAUGCGGCCGAAAUUUCCGCUUUAGGAGCAGUUUCCUGAGUCACAGUACAACCCACUCAGACGAGAGGCCGUACUUCUGCCAAACCUGUGGAAAAACAUUUUCCCAUGUGUCAUCGCUCAAAAAGUACAUGAUGAUCCACACCGGCGAAAAGCCACAUUCCUGCGGAACUUGUGAGAAAGGCUUUAGCAACCGCAGCCACUUGUUGCGCCACAUGAUGGUUCACACUGGGGACAGGCCAUACCUGUGCCCGACCUGCGGGAAAGGCUUCACCAGCGGCAACCACUUCCGAAGGCACGUCAUGACCCACACGGGUGAGAAGCCGUUUGGCUGCGACACAUGCGGCGUGCGCUUCAAGCGCAGAAGCAGCAUGUCCCGUCACGUCAGGAAUCACACAGACGACAAGCCGCACUUCUGCAAAACCUGCGGGAAGACCUUCUCUCUGCAGUCGGCGCUGUCCAAGCACACGCGUGUCCAUACGGGCUCGAGGCCUCAUGCAUGCAGCACGUGUGGGAAAGGCUUCAUGAGGAGGGAUCACCUGAGGUGCCACAUUUAGAUUCACAUGGGACAGGCUGCAGCUGAGCUGCAGGAAGAAACCAACCAGUGAUUACAAAACAUUCUGCUUCUCGCGCCUUAAAGCUGCGCUUCAACAAUAUGAAUAGGAGAUAUUCUGUUCUUAAACAUGGUGUUCCUCAUCUCUCUGAUGAUUUUUCUUAUUUGAGUUCUGAAGUUUGUGUUUCCUCUUGUUUGAAAGGAGGAAAAAGGAGCAAAGCAGAAGGUUUUCAGUUUGGAAUCUCUGUUUUUUUUAUCCAAAUUGUUGUAAAUGUUCCAGCUGAAGCAGUAAUAUUGUCUGGAGUGAAUACAUUUCGGGUAUCUUUUUUUUGGAGGUGGUUCAUUUUGUUGACAGUUUUUUAAAUAAAUGUAUUUAAAAUCA